CUCUUGGUUACACUGAGUUUAUCAUUAGGUGCAGUGGCUGGGUGAGUGAGAGAGAGAGAGAGAGAGAGAGAGAGAGAGAGAAGAUUAAAAGCUGGGUGAAGUGCCCAAGUGAGCGAUUCGAGAAAUAUCAACUACUGGUAGCUUGAGCGUCUUAGACCUAAGACGAGUCAUGAGUGCCAGGAGUUACCGAAGUGAGGCUCGGACAGGGUCGGCCGCCCCCUCUCACAGAUCGAGCUCAACAUCCCACCACAGCUCUGACGAACAGCUAGAGAAGAACAACGUGGUCUUGUUUGACAAGCGGCUGUCCAUGGGAAACCCACUCCACAAACCGAUAUAUACGGGGCCAGACGGCAUGGAUUGGCACAGGUAUCCCGUAACCAGGGACCCGCAGUUCGUUGGUAUAGGGAGCUUCUCGCCGGAGAAAACCUGUCAAAUCAGCUACCUCAGCCGAAACCCAGUCAACAUGCCCUUCCCCAAAGCAAAGAACGGUAGAAUCGGGGAGAUUGGGUGGCCAGUGGAUUACUUUGGAGUGGUGAAAGGGGUGUGAGUGGCCAAUAGUGCCCACUUCGAAUUGACCAAGAAUUGUUCUUAUAUGUUUAGAGUGAAGGAUGAGGUGUUUUGAAGACAUUGGUGAUAAUUAAGAGUGCUUUACGCAUUUUCACUUUCUUUGCUGAACACUUUCUUUCAUUAUCAACACUCAAAAAUUAUAAUAUUAAGAGAAAA